AUGACUCCGUAUUCUUCCUUCUUUUCUUUUUUCUACUUUUUUUUCCCCCUCCUCUUUAUUCCACUUUUGUGUGCGCGUGUGUGUGUUUGGUCCACAUGGGGUCCAUCUUUUAAUCAUUUUCGUUGUGACUUUUAUGAACUUUUUUUUUUCGUUUUCGUUCCCAGUUGCCGCGCAGGUAAACAUGGGGAGAGGAAGAGGGGAGAAAAAGAAAAGGAUGUGCGCUAA